CCCCCGGUUGACCAACAGAAGGACAGGAGGGGCAUCUCAAAGAGGACUCUCUCUGCUCUCAUCAUGAAGCGCUACCUGCUUCUCGCGCUCUUUGUAAGCGCAGCGUUCUGUGCCUCAGACUAUGACGACGAUGAAGAGGGUGGGGUAUUAGCUACACAGAAACCUGGAGCGGAAAUCAACGUACGAGGCAACAGACCCGUUCCUAAGGGAAGAGAAGAUACGGUUAGAUCACAGCCAGCACCGCCACCCCUCAGUGGCAGCAGCUACCGGGCUCGACCGACCACUCCACCUCGUGGCAGACAAGUGGCCCAGAAGGCUGUCAUCCCCGACGAGGGGGGCUGUAUUCACGCCUCAGAGGAGAUGGGAUUGCUCUGUCCAAAUGGCUGCGAACUGAAGACAAACUUCUUGAAGCAAGAAAGAAACAUAAAGACCUCCAUCGACCAGCUGAAGACCGACGUCAAUGGCUUGUCGAUAACCUCUGAUAACAUCUAUAAGUAUGUGGAUGGCCUCACAAAUGUUGUCAGAGAGAGACAGAAGCUGACAUCAGACAACAACAACGUGAUCGACGAGUACACCAAUGAGGUGGAUGAGCAGCAUGCCUUCGUGAAAGGCAACAUGGACACCACGAUUCCAUCUAGCAUCCGGCUCCUGCGGGGUGUCCUAGAAAACCUACGGUCCAAGAUACAGAAGCUGGAGCAGACCUUGAUUGCCCAGAGAGAUUACUGCCAGAAGCCUUGCACUGUCUCCUGUAACAUCCCAGUUGUGUCUGGCAAAGAAUGUGAGGAUAUAUACAGGAAAGGUGGAAGGAUCUCCGAGAUGUACUUGAUUCAGCCAGACAGCUUCUUUGCACCUUACAAAGUCUACUGCGACAUGGAAGCCAGAGAAGGCGGCUGGACGGUCAUUCAAAACAGGCAAGAUGGAAGCGUCGACUUUGGAAGGCGAUGGGAUGCCUAUAGGGAUGGAUUCGGAAAUAUCGCACUCGAUGGCAAAAAAGGCGUCUGUGAUUCACCAGGGGAGUUUUGGCUUGGAAACAACCGAAUCAGUCAGCUUACAAAAAUGGGACCGACUGAGCUUCUCUUUGAGAUGCAAGACUGGAGUGGCAACACAGUGUCAGCUCAUUACAAGCAGUUUACUGUACAAAAUGAGGCGACCAACUACAUGGUGGCUAUUGCUGGUUAUGAUGGCACAGCGGGUAAUGCUCUUCUGGAAGGAGCCCAACAACUCUUUGGCAUCAACAGGACAAUGACAAUCCACAAUGGCAUGAUGUUCAGCACCUCAGACAGAGACAAUGACAAAUGGGACCCUGGUGAUCCCACCAAGCAGUGCUCCAAAGAAGAUGGUGGUGGAUGGUGGUACAACCGCUGCCACUCAGCCAAUCCAAACGGCCGAUAUUACUGGGGUGGAGAGUACACCAAAGUAAUGGCCAAGCAUGGCACAGAUGAUGGCGUCGUAUGGAUGAACUGGAAGGGGUCCUGGUACUCCCUGAAGGCAAUCAGCAUGAAAAUCCGGCCAUUUUUCUCCUCAUAAAUGUAAAGCCAGUAUGGCCGAAGCUGACAAGACUCUAGAAGUGGACUUGCCUUGCUUUUAAUGUCUGACAUCUUUAGCUGAAUGCACAUAAUGUUGAAAGUGAACCUACUGAGUGUGAAUUUCCAUUCUUCCCACAAUAUGCAAUACCAGUUUGGGGUCAUGCUUUUUGAUA